AAACUCAAAUAAAUGAUUAAAUCUUCGUCUCUCUCACUCUCACUGUCGGUGGUGGAGUUUUUAGCCUUCAAAUAGUAGGGCGCUUGAAUAGUUGCUCUGUCGCUUUCCUUCAUUUCAAAGAGCGACCAGCUUUGCUGUUGCUUUGCAUUAUUCGUCUAGUUCAACCCAGCUUUCACUCUGGCUCAUCGGUCUUCAAUUUCGAGAUCUGAGCUUUCACUUGAGCAGUUUAUUAGAAUAUAAAGAUUUUUUGUUUCGAUCCUGUUCGACAUUUGAACUACUGGAGGUGCAGAGAUCUUGCUAAGACUGAACCAGAAGCUUCAAUUUAUUGCUCAAAUCUGAACAAUUAGAAGAAAGUCAAGAUGGAAUCUGAAGGGGAAACUACGGGAAAAUCCAUGAAGAACUUGGGUGGGCAGGUGUGCCAGAUCUGCGGUGAUAAUGUUGGCAAAACUGUGGAUGGGGAACCAUUUGUUGCUUGCGAUGUUUGUGCAUUUCCUGUCUGCAGGCCCUGCUAUGAGUAUGAGAGAAAGGAUGGGAAUCAGUCUUGCCCUCAAUGCAAAACGAGAUAUAAGAGGCACAAAGGUAGUCCUGCUAUUCUAGGUGACCAAGAAGGGGAUGCUGAUGCUGGUGACAGUGUUAGCGAUUUUAAUUACUCUUCAGAAUAUCAAAACCAGAAGCAGAAAAUUGCUGAGCGCAUGCUGAGCUGGCGUAUGAGAUACGGACAAGGGGAGGAUGUUGGAGCUCCAAGAUAUGAUAAUGAGGUUUCUCACAAUCAUAUUCCUCGUCUCACUAGUGGAACAGAGGUAUCUGGAGAAUUAUCUGCUGCAUCACCUGAACAUAUUUCUAUGGCAUCUCCUGGUGUUCCUGGUGGAAAGCGUAUGCACCCUCUAUCCUAUUCAGGCGAUAUCAAUCAAUCACCUAAUAUUAGGGUUGUGGAUCCAGUGAGGGAGUUUGGGUCGCCUGGAUUAGGCAAUGUGGCUUGGAAAGAGAGAGUUGAUGGCUGGAAGAUGAAGCAAGAUAAGAAUGUUGUUCCUAUGAGCACCAGUCAGGCUAAUUCGGAAAGGGGUGGUGGAGAUAUUGAUGCUAGCACUGAUGUUCUCGUAGAUGACUCAUUACUGAAUGAUGAAGCUCGACAACCUCUUUCAAGGAAGGUUUCCAUUCCAUCGUCUAGGAUAAACCCUUACAGGAUGGUCAUUGUUCUGCGGCUGAUUAUUCUCUGUAUUUUCUUGCACUACCGAAUAACAAAUCCUGUGCCUAAUGCUUAUGCUCUGUGGUUGAUAUCUGUGAUAUGUGAAAUUUGGUUUGCAAUAUCAUGGAUUCUGGAUCAGUUCCCUAAGUGGCUUCCAGUAAAUCGUGAGACAUAUCUUGACAGGCUGGCUCUAAGGUACGACCAUGAAGGGGAGCCUUCACAGUUAGCUGCUGUUGACAUAUUUGUCAGUACAGUUGACCCAUUGAAGGAGCCACCCCUUGUGACAGCCAACACCGUCCUAUCCAUUCUUGCAGUUGACUACCCAGUUGACAAGGUCUCUUGCUAUGUGUCUGAUGAUGGUGCAGCUAUGUUGACAUUUGAAGCUGUGUCUGAAACAUCAGAAUUUGCAAGAAAAUGGGUACCUUUCUGUAAGAAAUAUAACAUUGAGCCCCGAGCUCCAGAAUGGUACUUUGCACAAAAAAUUGACUACCUGAAGGAUAAAGUUCAACCAUCAUUUGUCAAAGAUCGUAGAGCCAUGAAGAGAGAGUAUGAAGAGUUUAAGAUUCGUAUUAAUGGGCUUGUUGCAAAGGCUCAAAAAGUUCCUGAAGAAGGAUGGGUUAUGCAAGAUGGUACCCCAUGGCCUGGAAAUAACAUCAGAGACCAUCCAGGAAUGAUCCAGGUGUUCUUAGGGCAAAGUGGUGGUCUUGAUGCUGAGGGUAAUGAGCUGCCACGUUUGGUCUAUGUUUCUCGUGAAAAGCGACCAGGCUUCCAGCACCACAAGAAAGCUGGUGCUAUGAAUGCGUUGGUUCGAGUGUCUGCAGUCCUUACCAAUGGACCUUUCUUGUUGAAUCUUGAUUGUGAUCACUACGUUAACAACAGCAAAGCCUUGAGGGAAGCUAUGUGUUUUAUGAUGGAUCCUAAUCUUGGGAAACAUGUUUGUUAUGUUCAGUUUCCUCAGAGAUUUGAUGGUAUUGAUAAGAACGAUCGAUAUGCUAAUCGUAACACUGUUUUCUUUGAUAUAAACUUGAGAGGUUUGGAUGGCAUUCAAGGUCCGGUUUAUGUCGGUACUGGAUGCGUCUUCAAUAGAACAGCUUUAUAUGGUUAUGAACCUCCAGUUAAACCCAAACAUAGGAAACUAGGAGUGUUAUCUUCACUCUGCGGUGGUUCACGGAAGAAGGGUUCAAAAUCUAGUAAAACGGGCUCUGACAAGAAGAAAUCAAACAAGCACGUGGACCCCACUGUGCCAAUAUUUAGUCUAGAUGACAUAGAGGAGGGAGUGGAAGGUGCUGGAUUUGAUGAUGAGAAGUCACUGCUUAUGUCCCAAAUGAGCCUGGAGAAACGAUUUGGCCAGUCAGCUGUUUUUGUUGCCUCCACACUUAUGGAGAAUGGUGGUGUUCCACAGUCUGCAACACCAGAAACUCUUCUUAAAGAGGCUAUUCAUGUUAUUAGUUGUGGAUACGAGGACAAAACAGACUGGGGAACGGAGAUUGGAUGGAUCUAUGGAUCCGUUACAGAAGAUAUUCUUACUGGAUUCAAGAUGCAUGCCCGUGGCUGGCGGUCAAUUUACUGUAUGCCCAAGCGCCCAGCCUUCAAGGGGUCUGCUCCUAUUAAUCUUUCAGAUCGUCUAAACCAAGUGCUCCGAUGGGCUUUAGGUUCUGUGGAAAUUCUUCUCAGUCGCCAUUGUCCUAUCUGGUACGGUUAUGGUGGCAGGUUGAAAUGGCUUGAGAGGUUUUCUUAUGUUAACACCACCAUUUAUCCGAUCACUGCAAUUCCUCUUCUCAUGUAUUGUACACUGCCAGCUGUCUGUCUUCUAACCAACAAGUUCAUCAUUCCUCAGAUUAGUAACCUUGCCAGUAUAUGGUUCAUUUCACUCUUUCUGUCCAUCUUUGCAACUGGUAUUCUAGAGAUGAGAUGGAGUGGCGUUGGAAUAGAUGAAUGGUGGAGAAAUGAACAAUUUUGGGUUAUUGGUGGUGUUUCAGCCCAUCUUUUUGCUGUUUUCCAAGGUCUUCUCAAAGUACUUGCUGGAAUUGACACCAACUUUACAGUCACCUCCAAGGCAUCAGAUGAAGACGGAGAUUUUGCUGAACUGUAUAUGUUCAAAUGGACAACUCUACUCAUCCCACCAACAACUCUUCUCAUCAUAAACUUGGUGGGAGUGGUUGCUGGGAUCUCCUAUGCCAUUAACAGUGGUUAUCAGUCAUGGGGUCCUCUAUUCGGUAAGCUAUUCUUUGCCUUCUGGGUGAUCAUCCAUCUCUAUCCCUUCCUUAAAGGUCUGAUGGGACGCCAGAACCGGACACCCACCAUCGUUGUGGUUUGGUCCAUUCUGCUUGCUUCCAUUUUCUCGUUAUUAUGGGUGCGUAUCGAUCCCUUUACCACAAGAGUUACGGGUCCUGAUGUCGAGCAAUGUGGAAUCAACUGUUAACCAAAAACAACUGUUGGAAUUCAGAAAAUUUGUUUUGGCCUCGCCCAACCGAAGGCUUGAGAGGUGGGAAUCAGGAAACUGUAUAAUUUUGCCUUAUCUUUGUGUCUUGUUUGUCUAUGUGAAUUUAACAUAAUGUGCAGAUUAUAGGUGGGGAAAAGUCAGAAAAAUCAAAUUUGUUGUUCCAUGAGUAAUACGCCGUAGUCUGGAUAUAACUUGUGGAGAUUACUGCUGGAAGAUUUGUUCAUUAUAUAUUAUGUAUCCAUAGAGAUUACUGCUGGAAUAUAUAUAUAUUUUUCAUUCUAAGUUUA